GCUAUAAAAUUAAUGAACCCACUACCACCACCACCUUCUCAACCCCCACCACCUUCUCAACCCCCACCACCAAGCACGCCCUCUUCUCCCAACCUCACCACCCCACCACCCCACUCUCUUCCAUUCUCACAUGCUCCCUCAAACCCUUCAUCUUUGGUCCACCAAGCUACACUCGAGGCUUUCGAGCAACUCAAGCAGCAAAUGGUCAAUCAGCUGGAAGAAAGUCGGGCAUCCAUUGACCAACUCAAGAACCAGCUUAUCGAGAAGCAAGAAGAAAGUUCUAAUCUCAACCAGCUUUACCAGAAUCUUCAGUCUGAGAUGAAUGGAAUCCAGCAGAAGCUUAAUGGAAAAUCUCAACCUGCUUAUGAAGAGUUGUCGGCAUGGAAGAACAUUUUCGCCUCUCCUUGCUACUAUUCACGCUUCCUUGAGAUCAAUAUGAACUACUCCUACUAUCCAAUUGGAAAGGCGUUCGCCGCUGAUUUCAACGCAAGAGUGGCCUCAGUGUCCAAGGACUGCAUAGAACCGCUCAUCACCAAGUCUAUCAAGCAAUCACUGGACAAGGCCAUCAGGAAAGGUAUGGACAAGGCAGUUCCACUCAUCAAAUCGGAAUACAACUAUUGCAUGAGCCUCGUCAGACAAGAUGCUCACAGAUUGGACAUUAAAGAAUCGGAAUAUUCAUCAUAUCGCAAGAAGGACGAACACCCCAAGACAAAGGAUGGCAAGCGGUCAACUUCUAAGCGUCACUACGAAGAGGACAGCGGUCGAGGAUACGACUAUUACAAAACCUCCAAGAAGCCCCGUCACUUAAAUGUCGAAAUCUUCUCUCAUUUAGGAACACCAGCAAUUGACCUUUUUGCAUCCAACUAUCAGCACGCUUCUCCAAUCUUUGAUGGCCACUUCGCGAGAGAUUGCCCGCAGCGGGCGGGCGCUGCUGCUAAUAAUAAUAACAAUAAUAGUAAUAACUAUAAUAAUGGCUACCAGAGGUAUAAUGGGUUGACGUGGCAGCAGAAGAAGGAUGUGGAAGACAUCGCAUGGAUGAGGGAACUAUGUGCGGACAUCGUGAAGCAUAAGAAAGAGAGAGAGGAGCAGGAGAAGGAGCAGGAACGUUUGAGGAUAGAAGAAGAUCGGCGAAAGAAGGAAGAGGAACAACAUCGACAGAUUGAGAGACAGGCGGAGAUUCGGGAUGCACGACUGAUGGCGGCAAUGACAUCACAGCUUAAGGCACUACACGAAAAACUGGCGAUGCAGAUGGACGAAGUCAGAUCGAGGAUACAUACUCGAGACACGCAACGGAAUGACGCCGAGACGCUACGAGGAGAGGUGUUCGAGCUGGAGCGAGAGCUGGCGAAAGAAGACAGCCCGGAAAAGGAGAAGGAGGAGCUACGGGGGAAGCUGGCGCAACUGCGGAAGCUGAAGGAGGAACGUGAUCUGGCCCGCGUUAGAAAGAAGACCAUGGAGGCAGAGUUAGAGUGGGAACUCGAACAGACGAGGAGGGAAGUUGAUCUAGAAGAUCAAUAUGCACCAUCGUCAUCAACAAGACCCCCACGGAAACGAAGAACAAAGACUCCAUCUACACCAUCACAGAAGAAGAAUCCGACUAUCGAUAACGAGACACUGCUCGCAGGCUGGCGAGAUAUCACGAGGAACGGCGCAGGGAACAACGUCGUGGAUUACUGCAUGAACAUGCGAAGCUACCUCCGAACCAAAUCAAUGGCGGAACUGCAAUGUCUGUGCGGGGAGGAGAAUGUGGAAUACGUAACGAGGGAGAAGGUGACUAAGUCACUGAUAUCAAACAAGAUGCAAGAGAAGAUUCUGCGGGGAAACGCAGGAUCUGCCGUCGAUCCGAAUCCGGAGAUGGACGAAGUCAGAUCGAGGAUACAUACUCGAGACACGCAACGGAAUGACGCCGAGACGCUACGAGGAGAGGUGUUCGAGCUGGAGCGAGAGCUGGCGAAAGAAGACAGCCCGGAAAAGGAGAAGGAGGAGCUACGGGGGAAGCUGGCGCAACUGCGGAAGCUGAAGGAGGAACGUGAUCUGGCCCGCGUUAGAAAGAAGACCAUGGAGGCAGAGUUAGAAUCACAGAAGAAGAAUCCGACUAUCGAUAACGAGACACUGCUCGCAGGCUGGCGAGAUAUCACGAGGAACGGCGCAGGGAACAACGUCGUGGAUUACUGCAUGAACAUGCGAAGCUACCUCCGAACCAAAUCAAUGGCGGAACUGCAAUGUCUGUGCGGGGAGGAGAAUGUGGAAUACGUAACGAGGGAGAAGGUGACUAAGUCACUGAUAUCAAACAAGAUGCAAGAGAAGAUUCUGCGGGGAAACGCAGGAUCUGCCGUCGAUCCGAAUCCGGAGAUGUGUAACAUACCGACAGAAACAGCACUCGCAACGAGCAAGAAGGAUUUCGAAGACCUGGGUCUGAAGAAACUAGGAUCAUGGAGGAAGAAGGGCAGACUAGGAGACGCAUAUGUCAUACCAAAACACAAGGACCCCCGAAGAUGGCGGCCGAUCGCCCCAGCAUGGAAUGCAUCGAUGAAGGAAGGAGCGAAGAAGGUGGCCAAAGCACUCCACUGCAUGCUGCAAUGCCUGGCAAAGAGGCUCCAUUUCAACGUAACGUCAUCAGAAGAGGCGAUCAGGAGACUGACAACAUGGUCGGCGAACCUGAAUCCGGGGCAAGGAGUGAUGGCGGCAACUUUCGACAUCAAAAACAUGUUCGCUGAACUGCCACAUGCAACGAUCCGGGAAUCACUGGAUUGGAUGAUCAAGAUGAUGGAGGCGAAGGGAURUGACARGGUGAAUGUGAAYUGUYGAGGGAAGAGACCAGCUAUGGGCAGGCAAGCGAGGGAUGGACACCACUCAGUGAAAUUCAAUCACAUACGUGAUUGGGUUGGCUAUGAGCUGGAUCAUUCCUACUGUUUGGCCGAAGGGGAACUGAUACAACAAGUACAAGGAAUCCUGAUGGGCGGGCAUACUAGCCCAGCCCUGGCAUGUAUCCUCUGUGUUAAAAGUGAAGCCCAACUCAUAUAUGACCUUGGGACGGACUGGAGACAGAUCCUUGGAUUACGACUCAUGGAUGAUGUGGCCAUUUUCAUCUGCUGCCUUCCGAAGAAGGUGGACUCGGCAUGCCGGGUGAGGGACAUCCUUGCGCAACUACGGAGGUGUUACCCGCCUGACCUCACUCUGGAAAGAACGGACGACGACAAUGGGACACUAUCCUUCCUGGGAUGCAAGAUCUUCUUGGACCAACAGGGCCCAAAGAUCUCAUCCGUUCUCCAAAUGAAAAACCAGGAAUGCCUGUCCGAAGGCAGACCACUGGUUUUCCAGGGUAUACAGGACUAGACAUCAUACAGCGACAAGGAAACCAAGAGAUCGAUGAUCACAAGCUACCUCCACCGCAUUGUGAGAUGCU